AUGCUCGAUCCCAGCGAGCCGCCUCGCCCUUCUGUGCAGCGUGUAGGAAGGCCUGCGAAAGCUGGUACCGCUGUGUCGCGAGGGCGUCACCGGCAUCAAGCUCCAUCCGCGCCGUCGCUGGAUCGCGGGGCGUAUCAUCUCGCCCCUCUCGACCGUGCCCUCGCGACAGUAGCGGCUCCGCACUUACCAGCACAGCCGCAGAAGACAUCGCUUCCUUUUGUGCAGCUUUCCGCUCCUCUCGCCCGCCAGUUGGUGUCGAACGAUGCUGUCAUCGGUCCAGUGCAGAUGUGGCCUGCUGUGACGUCGUCGCGUCAGCGUCGUCGCCAGGCGGCACUCAAUUCGAAGGCACCGUUUGCGUUGCAACUGGAGGCGUUCAUCCGCCGCGAGCAUCAGCAGUACCUACACGAACACCCGCUGUGCUCUCGAGCGGAUUGCCUGCACAUCUUCCGGGAGGUAUUUAGCACGUUUGUGAACCACUUCUCCGAGUACAAGGGCAUUCUCUCCAUUAUUCGCGAUGAGUACGACGCGGUGCUGAACGAGAUGUCUGAGAAGGUGAAGCAGAUGCAGGUGGAGUACCUGGAGAGCCAAACGGAUCGGGAGCUGCACGCCAUGGAGAUCAUUCAGUUGAAGGAGUCUAUGAAUGCGACUAUUAGCAACCAAAAGGCGCAGCUCAGCGCCGCGCAGGAGCUCGUGCAUGCCAUGCGCGAUCAGGUCACAGCAGCCGAGCACGCGAACUCCUUACUGACCUUGGAGAUGGAGCAGAAACGAAAAACGCACAUGGAGGCGCAGCAGCAAGUGAAGCUGCUGUCACAUGCGAUGAUUGAGGAGAGCACCCGCACAGCUGCGGCGCGUGAAGCGACGCGCAAGAUGGAGAAGGAGAGUCAGCUGCAGGAGGCGCGCAUCACCGUGCUGAAGGAGAAAGUGUCGGAGCUUGAGGAAGCGCUGAGACGGCAGACGUACGCGCAGAUCGAGGGCCUCGGACACUUGCCCGCCACUGCUGCGGCAGUGGUUGCCCUGCGCGAAGCGUCGCCGUACGCCGAUCGGAUUCCUUGUGAAGGCGGCGACGCGACGGCUGGAACUUAUUCAAAGCAUUUUGUCACUCGUAUUCUUGCGCACAUCGAUGCACUGGAGAUGCAACUAGCCAUGGUCCCGAAGAAGGAUACGGCUGCGCCCACAGGGGCGUUCUCCAUGGGCCAUGUCGCGUUGCACCCUAAGUUUCUGUCGAAUCCGGCGAGCUGCGACACCGUCGUGAGAGACUUUCCGGCGGCGAGAAACUCCGUGGAUGCCGUGCUUCCUGUUGUAAGGGAGUGGCUGCAGCGAGAGGGUGUUGGGGAGGCCGAGGUGGAGCCAACGGAUGUCAUUGUCCCGCCGGGCCGCAACCCUUCGGAAGCCAUGGGCUUCCUCUCUGCUACGCUGCCUGUCAAGCACCGUCACCUCUCCUUACAGGUGGCCCUCCAGCUGAUGGAGUCGAUGUGGACAGCGCGGGCACAAGCUCCGGACUCAUCACGGCUGCCGCAGUUUUUUCUCGAGUGGCUGCGAACGCAGGCAGGCAACCUCACGGAGGCGAAAGCACUUGGUGUCAACCUACUGGACACGUGCCAGCACAACAUUCAUCAUCCCGACUGCCGCGCUCUGCUCGCCAUUCUGAGGGGCUUUCUUCCGGAGGAGCUCGUGCGCAUGUGCCGGCGCCGCAUCGCGCAGCUGCGCCUCUCCACCACGACAUCCACUGCUACUCUUCACAACAUGAUGGCGUUCGACGCCUUCUUUGUUGAGGUGCGCGCGGUUUGCCCGGAGAAGUCGUUGGCCAACAUGCUCCAUCUGCGUUUCACCGUUUUUCGCACUAGAAAUGAGGCGGGGGAGGUUAAACUGGGUCAUCUGCUCUCCGAGGACUCCUACUUUGUGACGCUGUUCAAGCAGCAGUGGCUGCAGGAAGUGGAGGCCUUUACGCUGCGCGUGGUCGAGGGCAUCCGCGAUGAAAGCGACGAGAAACGAAACAGUGCUUCCCUCGCCACGGCAACGCGCGUCCUGCAACGGCUUGACGCGGCUCUGGGCAAGGAGGUCUACACGUACGUUUCCCUCGCAAGUCAGCGACCUGUCAUCGAUAUUUCUGCCACCGAAGGCAGCACAGUCCCACUGGACGCGAUGCUAAACCGUUUUCGCACCUCUGUGCUGCUUUAUCGCCGUAGCCCCGAGGAGCUGGUGGAUAUCUAA